UGGCCGCAAAAGUUGGGAGAGCCAGAACUCUCCCCCAGGAAGACAGCGCACGGCAGCUUGAGGCAUAAAAAGCUGGGCUCCCCUUGCACAGGCGCUAGCCUCUCACAGCGCUUUCAGCAUCAGAGCUCUCCCGGCUUUUGCAAGCCAGUGCUCACCAAUGGGAAUGGUGCUCCUGCAGAUACUCCUCUUAUCCCAGGCUCUCGGCCGCUGGGUCUACGGUGCAGAAUUUCAUGACUUCACCAUGGUACAGCUUGCCUACUUUCCAGAAAGAAUGUCAGCUGACAUUUUUGGGAAUGCCACUCUGGAUGGGACACUCACCCACAGCCUGAAGUACCACAAUGGCCAAUUCAAUGUGAGUCAGCUGUUUCCACUGGAGUCCUCGGACCUCUGGGAGCAGAGGAAGGAAAGCUUGCUUGAAUACCUAAAUAUCUUCAAGGAUUUGGUCUCCAUCAUUGCUCGUGAAAGGAAAAUACUAUACCCCCUACAUGUGCAUUGUAAUACUGGUUGCCAGCUCUUUGCGAAUGGCAGUAACAGCUUCUAUGAGGUUUUGCUCAAUGGGAUGGAGUUCCUGAGAUUCCAUGCAAGCAACCACACCUGGGUUCCUUUGGAAAACUCCGCCAGGGCCAGAUAUACAUGUAACAAGCUGAAUGAAUUUCCCCAGAGCACCGUCAGCCUUCAGCUCUUCCUGCAAGAAACAUGCAUCAACUUAAUAAAAACUCACAUUGAAAUGAAAGAAGCCUCAACUGGGAAACAGAAAGGACGCGUUCAUGCUCCGCUGGUGCUAGGAAUCAGCAUUGGUGCCCUUGCUCUAAUAGGCCUAGCUGUUUGCAUCUUCUUAUGCACUGGUGGGAAGAGAUAGCAAUACAUAUCAUCACAUUAUGUGGACCAGGUGGUGAGUCAAACCGAAAUGAAGAAAAUGAUGCAGACCCUUUCAUCUGUGACUGACUUCUUGGAGAAGAAAAGCAUCCGUAUGAACUUGUAUGCCUUAUCUCAUAGCUAACUAUGAGCACCAGUAAGGCCACUAGGGUCUUUUUAUUUUCCAACAGGACAAGUGACAUCUCCGCUCAGCUGUUACUAUAAUACAUAGUACUUGGAGGUGCUGUUGAAGACAUCCCAGAAACUUCAGCCAAGACACAGCUGUGAGAAUUCUGAGACCAGCUGUUAUGACCAUAGCACACUGUUCUUCUCUUGCCUGGACUGGCUUCCAUUCAUUUUUGGGCCCAAUUCAAAGCACUGGUUUUGACUAAUAAUGCUUUACACUGUGUGGGAUCUUGGUACCUGAUGGACUGCCUCCUCCCACAUGUACCAACCUGUGUUUUAAGGUAACCCAUGGAAGCCCUUCUUUGUCCCCCUUAUUCUGAGGCACAGAGGCUUUCCCUCUCCCCACUUAGGGAUGGUCUCCCUGAAGAAUCUCAACUGCUACCCACAUUACCUUACUGCCUUUUCAGUGCCAGGCUAAGACUUUUCUGUUCUCUCAGGUACUUUAGCCUUUGUUUAAACUAAGGAGAGAUGGGCAAUAUGUGGUCCUCCAGAUGUCAGUGGACUGCAACUCCCAUCAGCCCUAGAUGGCACACCAAUAGUGAGUCUAUGAGAACUGCAGUCUUAACAUAUGGAGGACCAGACAUGUUACACUCUGCAUUGAAGAUCUACUGCUUUCGUCUCUGGUGUGAGGCUUUCUCUCCUCUACUUCAUGUUGUGUUUAGUUAUUUUAUCAUGCUGUGCUAGUAUAUGUCCAUCUGGCUUUAUGGUGUGCUUUUAGAUUUUAUUUUGCAAUCUUUCAUUUUAUUAUAUUGUUUUAAAUUGUGCUGUACAACACCUAGAGAAAUCUGUUUAUGAGGUGUCUAACAAAUAUUUACAUGCUUCACUCAAUGGAAAUCGGACAAACACCAAAGCAUAGCAUAAAAAGAAUUAACAUGCAUGGACCUCUUCUACCUCUCGUCAGCCCACCACCCCACACUUUUCUGAUGAUGCUUCCCGAAAGUGAGAAUUACAGCUACUAUUUAGUUCAUUUGAACAGCAUGAAAUGUACUGAGAUGGGAUUUAUCCAUGGUUAUACAAAUGGAAUUUAAUGCCACACAGUGUGGCAUUACUGGGUCAGUCAAAUUAACAAAUAUGCCUGUCAGCUGCUAUUAAAUAGGCUGCCCAAAUGGAAUUUCUGAUCCUCUGAGACAGCUGAAUAGAAGUUUUGUGGAGAAGGAAACAGUGAGGGGGGAUCAUUGCUUUGAUGGUCCAUUUGUGGACUUCCUGGAAGCAUCUGGCUUACCACUGAAAAAACAGAAUGAUGGAUUACAUAAAUUUAGUCCUACAGGGAUGUUCUUAUGACCCUGGAUCUAGAGAGGGGCAUUGCAUUAUUGAUUCCUAGACUUUAGAAAAGGCAUCACUAAGGUAAUAUCGUAGAGGAUUUAGUGAGGCAGGUAUUACCUAAAGUAACCUAUUACACUUCAGCAGAUCUUUGAUGCCUCUUGUUACAUCUCCAAUACCCUAUUCUCUUCCUUCUACCGCCAUCUAUAGCAUUAAAUGUACAAUGACAAGUUUCAACAAAGACAAAUCUAACAUCUCAAAAAUAUCUUCCAAUGGGACUUUAAGGGGAUUCAGGAGAAACAAGGAUGUCAGCUUUAAAGUAAAUCAAGCCAAGAUAGAACUAAUCUUCUCAUAGACGCUACUACUGUGCAUCUCAUUUAAGUGUAUCUUUUCCAGAAAUCAGGAUCCAAUUACCCUUUAUAAACAUCCUUGAGACUACAGUAGUAUGUUUUGAAACAGUAUUUGGAAAUGUCAUAUACUUUAUCCUUUCAAGAAGCUAACAACUGAACAACCACUUCAGUGGUUUCUUGCACAUUAUUCACUGAUGCUCUGAAGAACUUUUGAAAAUUCAGUUAAGUUUUUCUGUUAAUACCCAAAAUUACUUUCUGCAGAAUAGGAGGCAUGUUGCUUUCAGCUUUGAGGUGGCAGGGGUGCUUAAAAAGCAAUCUUUGAAAGUCUUUUUUGCUGUUGGUGGAGGUCUGUUUCAUUAUACAUCAAAGCUUCUAAAAACUUUUAUUAUUAAGGGGAGGAAGGAAACUGGCUUUCCGCAUGUAUCAAACACUGACUAUUUUGAUUAAAAACAUUCUAACUUAUAAA